AUGAGAGUAGUCAGUGAUGCCGCCCUCACGGCCUUUGAUACUUCCUACCAGCUCGGGUCUACCAUAGCGGCAGGAGCGUACGGGCAGGUUUGUCGCUCAAUAUGUCGACAAACUGGAAGACCCGUCGCGUUGAAGAUUAUCGAGAAGCCCCCGUAUGAGACGAUCCCCCCUUGUAUCUCGGAUAUGGCAGGGCACGGCCCAGAAGAGGCGGAAACUAUGGAACUUAUUGCGAAUCUUGACAUUGAUGGUGUGCCCAAGAUCCUCGACGUUUUUGAGGACUAUCUUUACGAGUGGCUCCGACGACGAUCUACAGUUCGGGAAGAUGCCACUAUUCUGUCUGUCAUCAUGCAAUUAUUGACGAUUUUAGAUUCUCUUCAUGGUUGGGGUAUUUCCCAUAAUGAUAUCAAGUUGGAGAACAUUCUUCUCAACGACUCUGGUUUUACAGCGCGAUCAGCAUGA